CUCUGUGUGCGGUGCAGCGGAAUCCUUGGCUGGAGACCCUAUCUAUAUAGGCGUGGUUGAAGAUCGAGAUCAGCCCUCGAAUAGCCGGGCCGAUGAUGAUGAUGAUGAUCUCGAGCUGACUGAUGACGAAUUGGAUGCCCCAGAGGAGAAGGAUUCCGCCGAACCGGAGGAGGAAGGCCCACCAGCACCAUUGCCUCUCCCUCAAGAGCAUAUUUAUAUUCAAGACCCUCGCCAACCCCUCUUACUUCGCGAUUUCCAUGUACUUAAAACCCUUGGAACUGGCACGUUUGGCAAGGUCCUACUUGUCUGCCUUCAUGCUGACUCCCCCCAUCACCGCCCUGACACCGUACAACACUUCGCGAUGAAAAUCUUACGCAAAGCAGACGUUGUAAGGCUUAGACAAGUCAAGCAUGUGGUGGCCGAGCGCAACAUUCUUGCACGUAUCCAACAUCCAUUUAUCGUCGAUCUGUAUGCCACCUUCCAAGACCACUUGAACGUUUAUAUGCUUCUGAGCUAUGUUCCGGGUGGGGAGCUAUUUUCGCAUCUGCGUAGAGCAGGCCGCUUCACGCCUGAUGUCACUCGAUUUUAUUUGGGCUGCAUUGUUCUCGCUCUUCGCUAUUUGCACCGCUAUAAUAUUAUAUACCGUGAUUUGAAGCCAGAAAAUUUAUUACUUGACCAUCGGGGUUAUCUCCGGAUUACCGACUUUGGAUUUGCGAAAGUAGUAGACGAUCGUACUUGGACUCUCUGCGGCACACCGGAAUACCUUGCACCUGAGAUCAUUGAACAAAGAGGUCAUUCCAAAGCCGUGGACUGGUGGGCAUGUGGCAUUCUUACAUAUGAAAUGCUCGUUGGUUAUCCGCCCUUUUUCGAUGAACAUCCGUUCGGAAUUUAUCAGAAGAUAGUGAGAGGAAGGGUAUACUGGCCCAAUGAGCUCGAUCUAGGGAGCAAGGAGUUUAUAAAAGCGUUUCUGAACCAUGAUCGGAGUCAAAGGCUAGGAAACUUAAAAGGGGGUGCCGAAGAUGUGCUGAACCACCCGUGGUUCGAGGGUGUAGAUUGGGUCGCGUUGGAAAAUGGAUACAUUGAGGCCCCAUUGGUCCCGCAAGUCAUGUCAGCAGAUGAUACCCGCAACUUCGUCCGACUUCCAUACCCGAAACCAAUGGAACUCCCCGGCUUGUUCCCUGAAUCGGCACUACCACCAGAAUUGCAAUCUGAUCCACAUGAGUGGCAAUUCUUGGACUUCUAGGCCACGUAUCCUCGUUUGAUCUAAGUUAUUCCGAACCUCACCCCCUAUUCGGUUAAUUAUCCUCCCCUGUUCUGCUGUGCAAGAUUCCUCAUACACUUUCUUUGAACGUAUUAAUGCUGUUAUUUUCGGGCCACAUUCCUGCGCCCUCGCUACCAGAGCCCAUGAUCCUAUAGUACUUCUGUCAUUCAUUGUGUCUGUCUCGAUCACCCUCCGUUUGUGGUCGGGCUGCUUCUAGCACUCCAUUUUCGUUCUUCCCGCACUCAUCUGUACGCAUUAUUAUUGGACGGAACGCAGCUAGUAGACUAUCUUCAGGCAUUUCCAAGCGCACCGCAGGACAUCCAAUAAACAGUGGAGGAAGCGUACCA